AUGCUCUGUGGCCAAAUUGUCCUGGCUGAUGAUAACAGCUUUCCUGGUCCAAACUUCGUUGACCAAGAAGAGGAAGAGAUGGACAUGUAUAGCUGCAACAACUCAGACUUAAGAGAAAUGAACGACGACCUCGUGUAUAUUCUAGGAAGAACCAUACAUGACUCUGAAGGCCCUACCUAUGCUAAGAAUGUUGCAAGCCUAUCCGAGACCGACAGGAUGUUGACAACGGAAGGGCUAUUUGAGGGUCACGAUGAACCCAUGGUAGUCCACAAGCGCAAGGCCAAAGAGGAUCUCAAGGAUGAGAUCGAUGGUACCAAUAUCGUUGCCGAAAAUAAGUCUGCCGACAACAAGGCAAAAGUGAUGGUGAGGCGGGGAGAAGACUAG